CAGGACAUGAGUAAGUGUUAUGCUCCUAUUCACUAGUUGUCUGUGAUGUGCAAAGAUUGAUCCAGCAAAAACAAUGCUUCUCUGAGGAAUCAGAGUGACUUUUACAGAUAGAUCCUGGUCUGUGUUCAUUAUCUUCUCUCAGAUAUGCUUGUGGUUCUAACCACUCUGUCAAAUGAAAGAGUCUAAAAUAACUGUGUCUUGCUUUGUAGGACAGUUACAUUAACAUCAGGGAUGAAGUCUCUGAUAAUGGCAGAGAAGGAAGUUACCAUUUUGCCCUAACUGGAAAAUCCUUUCAUGUUAUAAGUCAGCAUUUCAGCAGCCUACUGCCAAAGAUACUGAUCAAUGGGACCAUCUUUGCAAGAAUGUCUCCUGGGCAGAAGGCCAGUCUGGUGGAAGAAUUUCAGAAACUGGAUUACUUUGUAGGUAUGUGUGGUGAUGGAGCCAAUGACUGUGGGGCUCUGAAAAUGGCUCAUGUGGGCAUCUCAUUAUCAGAGCAGGAGGCAUCUGUGGCCUCACCUUUCACUUCCAAAACUCCAAACAUUGAGUGCGUACCUCAUCUUAUCAGGGAAGGACGUGCAGCUCUCGUUACCUCCUUUUGCAUGUUUAAGUACAUGGCUCUGUACAGCAUGAUUCAGUAUGUUGGCGUUCUGCUGCUCUACUGGGAGACAAACAGCCUUUCAAAUUACCAGUUUCUGUUCCAGGAUCUGGCCAUUACAACUCUUAUUGGUGUAACAAUGAAUCUGAAUGGUGCCUACCCUAAGCUGGUGCCUUUCAGACCUGCAGGACGGCUGAUCUCUCCACCUCUGCUACUCUCUGUGAUUUUCAACAUUCUUCUCAGCCUGGCCAUGCAUAUUGCAGGCUUCGUCCUGGUUCAGAGGCAGCCUUGGUAUUCCGUGGAGAUACACAGUGCCUGCACAGUACAAAAUGAAAGCAUCUCAGAGUUAACCAUGUCUCCAACUGCUCCAGAAAAAAUGGAAAGUAGUAGUGCCUUCACAAGUUUUGAGAACACUACAAUCUGGUUCUUGGGAACAAUCAACUGUAUCAUUGUGGCUGUUGUGUUCUCUAAAGGAAAACCAUUUAGACAGCCAACUUAUACAAACUAUAUAUUUGUCCUUGUGCUGAUAACACAGCUUGGUGUGUGUCUAUUCAUUCUAUUUGCUGAUAUACCAGAAUUAUAUAGACGUUUGGAUCUGCUCUGCACUCCCAUCCUGUGGAGGGUCUCCAUUGUCAUCAUGCUCAGCUUGAAUUUCAUUGUGUCCCUUGUGGCCGAGGAGGCCAUUAUUGAAAAUCGAGCCCUGUGGAUGAUGAUUAAAAGAUGUUUUGGCUAUCAGUCAAAAAGCCAGUAUCGGAUAUGGCAGAGGGACUUGGCAAAUGACUCUAGUUGGCCCCCACUAAACCAAACCUCCCACUCUGACAGGCCAGAGUGUGGCAGAGGAGUGUCUUAUAGCAAUCCAGUAUUUGAGAGCAAUGAAGAACAACUUUAAAGGACAUGUGAUAUCCAAGUUGAUAUUACAGAGAAAAACAACGACGAAAGGGACCAGUUUCAUUGAUUUUAAGAAAUGAGACUCUUGUAACAUCAGCUGGAGUUUUGGGGCUACCUAUCAAAUCAUGGUGACAAACUAAAGUCUAUUUGAUAAAAUGCUUUCUACAGAGAAGAACAUUGACCCAGAAAAGUGCUCUCCUCUUGGCUUCUGAAGGUAUUGGAGGCAUUCAGUGAAGGCAAAAGUGGGCCAAGAAUUGCUAUGGGCCAAGAGACAAGCAGGCUAAAGGGGAAAUGUAUGUGAUCUUUCCUCUUAGGACAGGACAAUACUUUCCUUUUUAUAAAAAUGAAUUGAGGGGAAGUAGUACUGUGUAUACUCUUGGAGUUGUAAUAUGUUAAAGAUCAUUUUUGAGUUUUUACUUCAUCGAUGGAAAAACUAAUGCAUGGGAAACAUUACACCAAUCUUCACUGUCUGGGUUCCUUUUCUCUGUAGUACUUUUCAGAUUUGAGGCUUUUUCUUCUGUUUCUGACCUUACCCAACAUAUUAUUAAGGAUAAGCUUAGCCUAUGCUGCAAUAAAAAACAACUCUCAGAUAUCAGUGCCUUAACACACAAGUGCUUCUUUCAUGAUCCAGGUGACACUCUGGAACUGCCAUUCUUACAGCAGUGACUGCUUCAACCUGAUGGCUCCAUCAACUCGAUGCAAGGAUUCUGUGUUGACUGUGAUAGGGGAAGGAAUAGGCUGGAGAUCACAUGUGGGCUCUUCACUGCCUCACCCCAAAAGUGGCACACAUUGCUUUCCCUACUCAUAUCUUGUUAGUCAAGGAUUUGGCCAGGGAGCUGGAAAGUGCAGUCUCCUGUGUUUAGGGAUGCUUCAUGGGCUUAUGAGCUGUCACUACACAGGGCCCCAUGCUUAGAAGGGCCCCACACUUGCUUUAACACUCUGCUGCUUCCUUCUUAAAAUUCUUAAUUUUUGAACAAGGGUCCCCAUAUUUUCAUUUUAUACCAGGCCCCACAAAUGAUAGAGUUGGUCUGGAACGUAGUCCUGGGAAGGAGAGGAAAAUAACAGAUCAGAAAGCAUGAGUGCUGUCCACUACAGUCCGCUUCUCCUAACACCAGUAACUUAUCCUACGUUUUAGGAAUCUCUCAUGUCACAUGGCCAACUCCAGAAAUUUUCACUCCUGUGCUUGAUUAUUUUUGAGAAACAUUAGUUUCAUGCUACAGCAUUAUAUGGCACUAUAGAUGGAAGUUCUUACACAACCAGUACCUUGUUUUUUAAAGUUUGUGGCUUCAGAUUCCAGAAAACUAAAAUGUUCCUUAUUUUAUCACUAUUACAAUUUGGUUAUAUUUGAUUUGUUCAGCACAAGGAAGACUCAGGUUUCUGUUAGCUCAGGAGACAACACUGAAGUCUAGGAGCACACCUACACAUGAUAUUUUAAGGCAAAAGCAAAAUUUUUAUUAUGAGCAUCAAAUCCUAGGUGAAUGUUCUGAUCAGGGGAUAAGUGGCCUGGCCCAGGCUGGCUUUGGAACUUAUCAGUAGCAUUUGCAAGCAUUCCUUCCCCACAACUGAGCCCUUGAGCAGGGUUGAUGGCUCUAUGAUUGCAGCUGAUUCUAGGAACAUGGUGUCUCCCAGCCAUGAGGGUACCCUGUUACUUCUGGUUUUAAAAUAGGGCAUGAAGAUAUUUUAGUGUUUCAAGACUGCAGAAUCACUGUCUUUUUUGGUACAGAAAGAAAUGUUUCCUUUUGCAAAGCCAGCCUCAGCAAUGAUAUGGCAGUUCUGAAUGUCCUUCUCUUAAAGUGUUUCUCAUUUUCCGAAAGUAGAGGGUUAUAGGCAGGGGCAAGCUAGAGAUGGUCUGUGACCUAGUCACGAGCAAGAUCCGCCUGCACAGUUCAUACUUAAAUGUGCCCUUUGCUAAGUGCGUUCACCUCCACUAACUCACCUGAAUUGUACAAUUGUCCCAUGACUCAACAAGGAAGGGCUUAUCAUCUCCACCGUACGGAUGAGAAAGCUGAGAUUCAGUAAUGGCAAGAGCAGAUCUAGGCCUCAAAUACAGAUCUUCUGAGCAAACCUUAUAUUGCUUCCAAAUACUUCCAAAUUCCGGAGUUCCAGCAGGGCAGGUUGCUUAGUGUGAUCUCACAGUCAAGCAAAGAAUGGGCAGCCCUUUGCUAAUACCAGGCCCUCUGUUCAAAUGAAUGCCAGGCAUCCUGCCAGGCCUGGGCUACAGGUGUAUUAAAAACCAAACAAAACCAAACAAAACCGAAAAAUGAUUGUCUUUCUGAGACUUUGAGUUGCUCUUGCCUUGAUCCUAAGUGAUUCUAUCCCUAGCAAAGGCUGGCAGGGAACAGGAAUAAAAGAAUCUAGUCCACUAGUCAAGGAGCCAUAAAAUCUUUGGGAAAAGAGACUUGUUUUGAAGACUGUAUUCCUGGGAUUAACUACAUCUUAGAAGCAGUAAUUGAAGGAACAGGGAGUGCCUAGCCUGGAAAAAAAACAGUCAGGGGACUGUGAAGGGUUUUCCUGAGAAAGAAGGAUCCGACUUGUGCCAGGUGGCAUGAGAAGGCAAAAUCAGGACAAGUGGGUAAAGAUCACAGUGGGGAUGGCUUCAGGCCAUCUGCCCUAGCCACUGUCCUAACAGCCAGCACUGAUAGCAGUGGAAUGUACUCUAUGACAUUGGAGGAACAAGUGGCUAUUCAAAGGCCAAGUAGAGAAGGAAGUCAGGUAUCAGAUGAAACUCAAUUACCUGCAAAAUCUCUUUCAAGUUUGAUACACCCAGUGUCUCAGUCUUAUGCUGUAAUGUGAACCUUUUUUUUUUUUUUUUUUUUUUUUGAGAUGGAGUCUCGCUCUGUCACCCAAGCUAGAGUGCAGUGACACGAUCUCGGCUCACUGCCAGCUCCGCCUCCCAGAUUCACACCAUUCUCCUGCCUCAGCCUCCCAAGUAGCUGGGACUACAGGUGCCCGCCACCAUGCCCAGCUAAUUUUUUGUAUUUUUAGUAGAGACGGGGUUUCACCGUGUUAGCCAGGGUGGUUUCGAUCUCCUGACCUCGUGAUCCACCUGCCUCGGCCUCCCAAAGUGCUGGGAUUACAGGCAUGAGCCACCGGAUGUGAACUAUUUUCUACUGCUACCCACACAGAAUACCAGACCGACACUCAUGGGAGGAUGGGCUCUGGAGGGAGGGCUCCCAGCCUUGUCAGAUCCGAUUGUGUGGACAUAUAGACUCAAUUGCCCUGUACCUUGAAAGGGGACCCCUGAUGGAGAUAAGAUCCUAGGAAAGAGGUGCAGAGUGGGGGUCCUGAUUGUCAGAUUGAAGCUGGGGGAAUACUUCUGAUUUGUGAAUUUUCUUAAAGAGAGGUGUUAAAAAACUUUGCAUGAAAGAGCAUGGGAGAGUGCCCUAAACUUGAGGGCGGAGCAACCUGUUAUCAAUACACUUUCUUGACCAGAGUCUGAAGGAGAAAAGAACACAGUCACAUAGUCCAAAUCAUUUGAGACGGUGCCCUGUAGGUUCAUCCCAAGGCAUCUAGCUCUUACCCACAGAGAACCCUGACUCUGGGCUUCCCUCACUAAAUAUGUCCAUGACAUCUGUAUCCUUAUGUGCUUAUGGAAAUGUUCACAUACACACCUGCAGAUGUGAUGACUGAAAAAAACGAUUAUUUAUUCAGCGCUUUGUAUUUAGUUUAUGCUAUAAUAAAUUCAGUUGUUAUAAAAAUCAA